AUGCUCCCAAGGUCUCUUCCAUCACCUAGUACGCCCAUCGACCUCCGUUCGUCUGAGAUUUCUCACAUCCUGACUUCAUUCCGUAGUGACAAGGCCGGUAUCCUCGGUAUCACUGUCAACUCCAACAAGUCUCUUGUCGGAAAGGGCUCUGCUGGAGCCAUCAAGGGUAAAGGUAUCCGCAUGGUCAGCGGCGCCAAGAACAUUAUCAUCCAGAACAUUGCCAUCACCGAUCUCAACCCCCAAUACGUUUGGGGUGGUGACGCCAUCACUCUCAACGAUGCCGACCUGGUCUGGAUUGAUCAUGUCACUACUGCCCGCGUUGGUCGCCAGCACAUUGUUCUCGGUACCAAGGCUGAUAACCGCGUGACGAUCUCCUACUCCCUGAUCGACGGCCGCUCCAACUGGUCUGCUACCUGCAACGGACACCACUACUGGGGUCUGUACCUCGACGGCUCCAACGAUAUGGUGACUCUUAUGGGCAACUACUUCUACAACCUUAGCGGCCGUAUGCCUAAGGUUCAGGGCAACACUCUCCUCCACGCUGUCAACAACCUUUUCCACAACAUUGAUGGCCACGCCUUCGAGAUCGGCCAGGGCGGCUAUGUCCUCGCCGAGGGUAACGUCUUCCAGAACGUUGGCACCGUCGUUGAGUCUCCCAUGCAAGGCGGCCUCUUUAGCUCCCCUGAUGCCAACACCAACGCGCAGUGCAAGGCGUACCUAGGCCGCUCCUGCCAGCUCAACGCGUUCGGUGGCUCCGGCUCCAUGAGCGGCGCUGAUACCAGCAUCCUUGGCAAGUUCAAGGGCAAGAACAUUGCCUCCGCCCGCGUUCCCAACAACAUCGCCUCCUGGACCAUGGCCAACGCUGGUGCUGGCCACGUUUAG